CCGUCAUUCGGAAAAAGAAAGAAAGAAAGAAAGAAAAUCUCGUUCAGAUUCCACAAAUCCAGCGUUUGUCCCGUUGUCAGGGAAUAGAUACGUGCUGACCUCCCUAUGUAAUUUCCUAGGAUUCUCUCAUUCUCUCAGUACCGUCAAAACCCCCCUCCUCAAUCAAAAUCCUAAACCCAAUUCCGAUGAAAGUUUUUGAUCGCUCCGUGUUACCUACUUAGCAAGGAGACUGGGGCAUAAGCUAGGAUCUGGGGGACCUUAAAGUUGCAGCACGAUCCAAAAUGGAGAGAUUUCCUCGCGAUAUAUUCUUCAACAUCUUCUCAAGGCUGCCUCUGAAAUCCGUAAUCCAAUCCGGUUACGUAUCGAAGUCCUGGCUCGACAUGAUAAAGCACCCAUCAUUUGCGAAGCUCUACACCUCUAGAUCAAAACCCGAGCCCUCGAUUCUGAUCUUGACUCGUAGGUCGAUUGGAGAAAAGAAAGUGAUCAGCAUAACUCCUGUAGGACACAAGGGCAUCCAACUUGUCGCCGAUGAAAUCUCCGUAGAUAACAUGAUCAGUUCUUUAUCCUGGGGUCUGGUUGGAACUUGCAACGGUUUGCUCUGCUUCGCUUCCGACGAAACGGUCACAAUGGUAUGCAAUCCCGUUACUAGGCAACAUGUCACUUUACCAGAACCUACCAUCGUGGAAUCUGGAGGUUCUUAUUCACCCAUGCUUGCUUUCGGGUUUGAUCGUGUGACGAACAAGUAUAAAGUUGUUCGAGUGUUAUAUCGUAAAAGUUCCACCACUGAAGCCGGAGAGGAGUUUGUGAGAGCUGAGGUGUACACAUUGGGCACUAAUUCCUGGAGAGAAGUUCAGGGCUUUAAUCAUCAUCAUCCUCGUGGAAAGCCAGUGUAUGCAAAUGGGGUUGUGUAUUGGUUGACUAGUCCUCUUAAUGGUCUCGAUGACAGGAUUUUGUCAUUUGAUCUGGGAAAUGAGCAAUUCAAAUUGAUACCACAUCGACGAUACGGCAGCGAAAUUAGCCUUACCGAGCUUGGAGGUCUUCUGUCUGUGGUUGACCUCUCAUCGAGGGAUUUCAUUCAGAUCUGGGUACUGAAAGAUGCUACAAAUAUUCAUUGGGAGCUGGAGUACAACAAUCCUAUUAGAAAAUCCCGGUGGAUUGACCGAGAUCAUCCAAGGUUAGUAUGUGUUCAUGAACUGCGCAACGUACUUGUUAUUUGGCUUCAAGACGUUUUAAUGUCAUAUGAUAGAAGAUCGUUUCUUACUAGAGAUCUUAAGGUAAGGGGUUUUCCCACUUGGUUGGACUGGGAAAUUUGUAGCGGAUACAGGGGUAGUUUAGUCCCGUUGGAGAAUUAUCGUGUCGACGGAGAAAAUGAACAGAGGGAUGUUGUGCAUUUUGUUAGCGAUACGGAGCUUCAUUCGAUUUUACUCAAGGGUGGUGCUUUCGGUGAGCAGAAGACGGAUGGCAGGUGUGACAAAAUUGUUGCUUGUUUUCAGAAGCAUGGUUUGUUGCUUUGAUGCGUUGUGUAAGAGUGAGAUGUUGUUUCAGGAUGUUUUCUUUGUUCUUGUGGGCAGAAUUUGGUAUUCGAAAAAUAAUAGCACUCUCUUGAUGUAAUUACCCAUGAUUUUUAUGAAUGUGCAUGCUCUCACCUA